UGAGUUACUUGUCGAUAUGCUGUGCCAGCUGAAGGAGGAGGGCAUGAUUCUGAAGACACUCGGGAUGAACUAUACCUGCCCUGUUUCCCAGCUGGAGUUCCAACUUGUGUCGGUGCGCACAUGUACCAGCUGUGGGCGCGAGUCGUCUACCAGAGAGGACUACAACCACCUCUCAUUGGACUUCAGCCCUGAGCGCACCUUGCUGAGCAGCCUGGCACUCACUUUCGAAGUCAGCACUUAGGGCUCAGCCCUGCAUGUAGAGACUAACACCCAGGGCAAGCUGCCCACUGCCUCAGAAUACGCUAUCUUAUUAUUGUAGUGGUAUCAUUCAAUAUGUAAUGCUUUUGUUUCUAACCAGAGUGAAAAGGUUGAAUUCACAUGUGAGGGCUGUAAAGGCCUCCACGCCUCAAAGGUGGAGCAGUUCCACACACUGCCUCUGUGAGUUGUCCCUUUAUAACCUCUCAUAGUACUAGCAGUGUUUAAUGUCCUGAGCCUUUAGGAGUAGUUACCUUCCUGAGCAGGUUGUAGGACUUAGAGGUGUGCACCGCCAAACACAUUUCACUCAUCUGUUAUGUUGUUGACUGGUUUCAUUGUCUGUCUGUUCAUCUCUCUUCCUCUCUGUUUCUGGGCAGUGUGCUGGUUCUGCAUCUGAAGAGGUUUGGAGGACCUGGGGGGUUGGAGAAGCUGGAGGCUCCUCUUUUGUUUCCUUCGGAGCUGAGGCUCUCCACCCUCUGUGGGGACAUGGAGCCACACCUGCACAGUGCCAGUCCACAGGCCCUCACCAGCCAGGCCCCCAGCAUCCAGGGGUCCAUCCCCCAGACCCUCGCCAGCCAAGUCUCCAGCCCACCUGGAGAGAACAAAGACAGCGCCCUCUGCU